UUGAACAGUUGUGUCUCAGCAAACAUGUUGAAUCAAGUGCUUUACAUCAGCUCGGUGAUAUUGAUGCUCUCGCUUGGCAGUCAUGCACUGCCCGUGAAGGUCUCAAAGGGAGCGUGCCCGAAGAACAUGACUGCCGUUGGAGACUUGAAUAUGAAAAAGUAUGUCGGCAUAUGGUAUCCACAGCUUACGUAUCCAUUAUAUCUUAAAGCAAUGCCCAAAUGUGUUAAGUAUAAUGUCACAAAGAGCACAGGCAAUAAAUAUUUAAUUCGAAGAUCGGAUAUCGACAGCAAAAGUGGCAAGGUGCGUCGGCGAUCUACAUUGAUACUGAGAGUGGAUCGAAAGGGAGGCAAAUACACAAUAAAAACGAAUAAGUCACCACACGGCUUCAAUAUAUUUGUGCUGGACACGGACUAUAAAACCUAUUCAAUUCAGUACGGGUGCAUAGAACUGGGAGGCAUCAUAAAUAUAGUAUAUGUUAUCAUAAUGACACGCGACCGAUUUCCGAGCUCCGAAGUGAUUCAGAGGACUCAAAAAUUGGCCAAACUCUCUGGAAUUGAUCAGAAAACUAUGGUACCCAUUUUACAGAAUGGCUGCCCGAUCGAUGUGUAACAGAUAUUGGGCCAAAAAUGCAUCAUUAAAUACCCUUAACAAAAGAUUCAAGCUUGUUUCUGUUCAAGUCUUAUUGAAGUAA